AAAUAGGGGUUUGGGCAAGCCGGCAUGAUGCUCCGGAGAAGCAGUCUCUCACGCUGUCUCCCUGAGCUGGACCAUGACCCAGUCCUUCAAACUCGGCUCCAGAGUGUUCCAUCGCGUCCGCUGUGCGCCCGAGCUGGGCGCCUCACUAAACUCCCGCGGCUCCGACUCAACACCUCGGAGCCUGGCGGACAUCCCAGGCCCCUCCGUGCCUAGAUUCCUGGCUGAACUUUUCUGCAAAGGGGGUCUGUCGAGGCUACACGAGCUACAGGUGCAGGGCGCGGCGCGCUUCGGCCCGGUGUGGUCGGCCAGCUUCGGGACGGUGCGCACGGUGUACGUGGCCGCUCCUGCGCUCAUCGAGCGGCUGCUGCGGCAGGAGGGACCCCGGCCGGAACGCUGCAGCUUCUCGUCCUGGGCGGAGCACCGUCGCCGCCACCGGCGGGCCUGCGGCCUGCUCACCGCGGAAGGCGGAGAAUGGCAGCGGCUCCGCAGCCGCCUGGCCCCGCUGCUCCUCCGGCCUCAAGCGGCCGCUGGCUACGCCGGGCCCCUGGACGACGUGGUCCGCGACCUUGUGCGGCGACUAAGGCGCCAGCGGGGGCGCAGCCCCGGGCCGCCCGCCCUGGUUCGGGACGUGGCGGGAGAGUUUUACAAGUUUGGGCUUGAGGGCAUAGCCGCGGUGCUGCUGGGUUCGCGUCUGGGCUGCCUGCAGGCCGAGGUGCCCCCGGAUACAGAGACCUUCAUCCGUGCGGUGGGAUCGGUGUUCGUGUCCACGCUGCUGACCAUGGCAAUGCCCAGCUGGCUGCACCGCUUUGUGCCCGGACCCUGGAAUCGCCUCUGCCGAGACUGGGACCAGAUGUUUGCAUUUGCCCAGCAGCACGUGGAGCGGGCAGAGGCCGAGAUAGCCAGGAGGAACCAGGGCAAGCCCGGGGAAGACAUGCCGUCUGGGGCGCAUCUGACCUACUUUCUUUUCCGGGAGAAGUGGCCUGCCCGGUCCAUCCUGGGGAAUGUGACAGAGCUGCUGCUGGCUGGAGUGGACACGGUGUCCAACACACUCUCCUGGGCCCUGUACGAGCUCUCCCGGCAUCCUGAAGUGCAGGUGGCUCUCCGCUCUGAGAUCACCGCGACCCUGGGCCCGGGCUCCGGUGCCCACCCGCAAGCCGCCGCGCUGUCCCAGCUGCCCCUGCUGAGGGCCGUGAUCAAGGAAGUGCUAAGAUUGUACCCUGUGGUACCUGGAAAUUCCCGUGUUCCAGACAAAGACAUUCAGAUGGGUGAUUAUAUUAUCCCCAAAAAUACACUGGUCUCUCUGUGUCACUACGCCACUUCGAGGGACCCUGCCCACUUCCCAGAGCCAAAUUCUUUCCGCCCAGCUCGCUGGCUGGGGCAGAGCCCAGCCCCCCACCCAUUUGCAUCUCUUCCCUUUGGCUUUGGCAAGCGCAGCUGCAUAGGAAGACGCUUGGCAGAGCUUGAGCUGCAAAUGGCUCUGGCCCAGAUCCUGAUCCAUUUUGAGGUGCUGCCCGAGCCGGGUGCUCCCCCAGUCAGACCUAUGACCCGGACUGUCCUGGUGCCUGAAAGAAGCAUCAAUCUACAGUUUGUGGACAGAUAGCCAUUAGAAGGAAGCUGUCGUCAUCACCUGCUGUCAUCACAGCGCUUUAUUAAGCACAAGGCCAAGAGAUUCACCUUCCCCUUGAGGCCUUCUGACCAGAGUGGAUAGAGCAGCCACGGCAGAUUGAAGUAUUAAUUUGACCUGACUCAGUAGGGCCAGAAAAGCACACUCACUUCUCCCGGCCAUACAUGCACCCUUCAAAGGCCAACUCAGACGUUAACUUUUAAUGCUGGAUGGACUGAAGGACUCUUCCAUCUCUCCUCUGGUGCCUCCACUGCAUUCGUUGAUGCUGCUGGCUAAGCAUUUAUUGUGCAUAAGCCAAGUAGCUGCAUCCGAUCUGUACCUGGCUGGUUCUCCCUCAAGGCAUGUGAGCUCUUUGAAGGAAAGGAUGAAGUACUAUUUGGUAGUAUAUCCCCAGUCAGGGGCUGUCUUGCCUAGGUGAUACCAUACCCAUUUUCACAUUGAAUCUGGACCACGUGGCAGAAGGGAUAGCAGCAGACCAGACUGCCUACCCUCUUCUUUCUUCAUCUUCCCCCUAGGGAUCUGGCCUAGCCUGGUUUAUGAUGUUUUUAAAAAAUCUCCGUGGUGACUGGGGAUGUAGCUCAGUGGUAGAGCACUUGUCUAAAUCUCCUUGGUUCUCUGACCACCAUUAAGUGGGCUUGUCGUACCACUUAGCUGCCAGGCAGGUGCAUCUUUGGGCCUGUUCUUGCCCAGGACCCUGCUUUUGGUAUUUUUUCUUUUUAAUAUUCAUAAGUUUUGUUGAUUUUUUUUUUUUUUUUUGGUCUUCUUUCCGGUACCGGGAAUUGGACUCAUGACAUCAUGCUUGCCAAGCAGGCGCUAUCCUGCUGAGCUAAA